GUCCCCCUGGCUGAGCUGGGCUCUCCCGUCCCCCAGGUCUCCGGCCCCCCUUCACCCUUCAGGAGGUGGAGCUUCCCCUCAUCGCCCGGCAGACCUGUGAGGCCUACUACCAGGGGAACCCGGAGUCCGGCCAGGGGUCCCUCAUCCUGGAGGACAUGUUGUGUGCUGGCUUCGAGGAAGGCCAGAAGGACUCCUGCUACGGCGACUCCGGAGGCCCGUUGGUGUGUGAUGUGGGCGUGUGGGUGCAGGUAGGGGUGGUGAGCUGGGGGUCCGAGUGUGCCCUGCCCAGGAGGCCAGGAGUUUACACCAACGUCAGCUACUACACGGCGUGGAUUGCCAGCGUCCAGAACUCAGCCCCAGGCAGGAGCCGCUCCUCGCCCUCCUCCAGACCGCUGUUCCUGGGGUCCGCCGGUGCUGCCCUCAUCUCCCUGUGGCUUCUCUAAUGGGUACCAUUAUCUCAGCCCCCACACUUUGAACUGGUGGUGUCUCCCAACCCCUGCCAGUUGCAGGCGCUCUGGCCGAGGCCCCUUCCUGGGGGCCUUUGUGGGCAGCCACUUGCUGUCCUC